AUGGAUCAGAAGAGGAGAAAAACUAGUGAUUUAUGGAAUAUGUUUGACCCAUUAAAUCACCAACUUGCAAAAUAUAACAAUGCGGCUUCCACUUCUGAUAAACAAUCGCAAAUUUCAUCCGCUUGCAGUGUUAUUACAACAGAAUUGUCUUCUAUAAAAGCGACAUCUCGUGGAACCAAAAGGCAAACUGCGAUGUCUCAUUUUAUACCAAAGAAAAUGUCAUCUACUGAUAAAUCUAAAGUUGAUUUGGCCAUAAUGAAGCUUUUUACCUGGGACUUCCAACCGUUUACCAUGGUGGAAGAUAAAGGAUUUAAAAAUUUAAUGAGCAUUUGUGUCCUGACAAAAUUUGAAGAAAUAUGUCAAGAUGUAAAAAAUACUCUAAGCGAACAAGCAUUAAGUGUAUGUAUUACAACAGAUGCUUGGACCUCGUCUGUAAAUGACAGUUAUUGUGCGUUAACCGCUCAUUAUAUAAAUGAACAUUUUGAAAUGAAAACUGUAUUGUUGGAUUGUUCGGUAUUCAAAGACUCCCAUACUGCGGAGAACUUAGCAGAAUAUAUCACUAAAAUGGUUAGUGAGUGGAAUCUCAAAGAUAAAAUCACUAUAGUUAUCUCAGAUAAUGCUUCUAAUAUUACAAGUACCGUUACGAACAUUUUGAAAUGGAAACAUUAUGGGUGCUACGCACAUAAAUUAAAUUUGGUUGUACAAGACGCUCUUCGACAUGUCAAAGAUGUCCUUAUGAAAGUGAAGGCAAUUGUAACUUACUUUAAAAGAAGUAACGCAGCAACCAGGAAACUAGUAACUUAUCAAGAACAAAUAGGUAUUAAACAGCCUAAGAAACUGUUGCAGGAUGUCGUCACACGAUGGAAUUCAACAUAUUUUAUGUUACAACGCAUUACACUUCUGGAAGAAGCUGUCAAACACUCUCUGGCCCUUUCAAAUACUGAUUUGCCGCUUCUAACAGAACACGAAUGGAAUACAUGUAGAGAAUUGUGCAUGGUUUUAGAGCCAUGCGCGGAAGUUACUACAGAGAUGAGCAGUGAAAAUUAUAUUACUGCUAGCAAAAUAAUUCCAAUAACACGCGGGCUAAAGUUUCUACUUACCAAGCUCUCGAAUGAUGUAAAGAUCAAUUCAAUAAAAUUAGUAGUACAAGCAUUAUUGGAUGGCAUUGCUACUAGAUACAAACAUCAUUUGUUUGAGGAUGAAAAAACUACAGACUGGAUAAAGAAAAGCACUAUUCAGUUGAUUGCAGGAAUAAUUAGCAAGGAAAGUGUCAUGAACGAUGUAACAAUUAACGAAGCAGACACUUCUGGCUCUUUACCCAAUCUUGAAUCUAAUCCCGAAAAGAAGAAAAUAUCAAUUUGGGAUAAUUACGAUAAUAUUAUUAAUACAGUAAAACUUAAGGGAACUUCAACAUCACUGGCCAUUCAAGAAGUUCAGAGAUAUAUGGAUGAUGAUCUCAUUCCAAGGAAAAAUAAUCCUUUGCAGUGGUGGAAGGACCAUAAACAUUUUUACCCAAAUUUGGCCCAUUUAGUGCCAAUGUUAUGGCAUCCUAUAUACCAGAUCCUCAAGGAAUAUGCCGAAAUAGCAGAAGCAAGAGAAAUGGGAAGAGACGAGUGA